CCACUUUCACUCACUCUCUCUCUUAAUCGAAAUACAGGUUGUAGAGAGAGAAAGUAGAAGAAGUGAUUUCAAACGAGGGAUGAGUAAAGCAAAAACCAUCUUUUUCAUUGUGGGGUUUUCGUAAAACUCAAUUUUUUUUAAUAAUAAUAAAGAAAGAAAUUGAGAAAGAAAAAUAAAGAAAGAGAGGUUCAUUUGGUUCCACAGUGAGAGACACAAAAAGGAAGAAGAAGAAGAAGAGAGAAAGUAGAGGCAAAUGCUGAUACCCUUUUGAACUCUAAAUCGGAGGAUCGGUUUUGCUGAUUAUGAUUGGUUUUGUAUAAAAAUUGAUGGUGAGAAAUGCAUCUGCUUAUGUGAAAUGAUCUGAAGAGUUGUGUAGUCUUGCCGUAAAUAGUUAAAAAUGAGGUCUGAAACUCUUCUUGACUAUGCCGUGUUACAAUUAUCUCCAAAGCGUUCAAGAUGCGAGUUGCUUGUUUCAAGUGAUGGAAUCACCGAAAAACUAGCAUCAGGGUUAGUAAAGCCAUACUUGAGCCAUUUAAAGAUUGCAGAGGAGCAGGCUGCACUCUCUGUGCAGUCAAUCAGGCUAGAAAUCGAUAGACAUAGAAAUGCCGAGACAUGGUUUACGAAAGGAACAUUUGAGAGGUUUGUGCGGUAUGUUGGCACGCCAGAAGUUUUGGAAAUGGUGAACACCUAUGAUGCAGAGAUGUCUCAAUUGGAAGCAGCACGUAAAAUAUAUUCUCAGGGGACAGGAGAUCAGCGCAUCGAUUCACAAGGUGGGGAUGGAACAAGAGUCGUCGCAGCGGCAGAUUCAACAACGAAGGAACUCCUAAGGGCUAUUGAUGUGAGAUUGAGUGCAGUUAGGAAUGACUUAACAACAGCAUAUGCUCGUGCAUCAGCAUCCGGAUUUAAUCCUCACACUGUUUCCCAACUCAUACACUUCGCUCAUCAAUUUGGUUCCCAUCGCUUGAAUGAUGCAUGUACGAAAUAUAUGUCACUCCACGAAAGAAGACCGGAGAUGAUUACUCAACAGGACGAGAAGCCAGGUGGCGAUGAUAGGGAUCUUCGUUCAUCGGUUAACUCUGACAUGUCCAUUGACAACGACGACGAUCAGGCCCAAGCCCAAGCCCAAACCUAUCAGGCCCAACAACAAAACAACACUUCCACGUGGCAACCUCCCAAAUCCUUUGCCACCUUCACAUCCCUACGACGCAGCAACAACGUAAUAAUAAUAAACCAAAAAGACGAAGCCAAAGAAAAAAACAACAACGACGAUAACUCAACCAAUAAAGAAGAGACCGAGUCGUCGCCGACUCUGUUACCGUCGACGCCAACAGUGGCUCCGGCUGGUCGACGGCUCAGCGUUCAAGACCGGAUCAAUCUAUUCGAGAAGAAACAGAAAGAGAAUUCUUCAGGUAAACCGGUAGAGCUUCGGAGAAUGUCUUCUGACGUUUUGAGACGGUGGAGUGGAAGCAGUGACAUGAGCAUUGACGUCAGCGUUGAGAAAAAAGGUUCUGAAAGUCCUUCUUCUUCUUCAUCACCGUCAUCUUCGCAGAAUAAUAAUAAUAAUAAUAAGUCUAUUGCUAUCAACACCCCCUUAGAUAAUAAUAAUUUUGACAAGGUUUUGAAAACUGAUCAAGGGUCUUCUCAGGAUAGUUGUAAAGUUUCGAUUUUUGAUGAAGAAAAGAGUGGCUUGGGGUUCAAGGAUCAAGUGGGUGUUUCUGGGAUUGUUGAUGUUGAUAAUGAUGAUGUUAAGUUUUCUGGUGGUGUGAAAAGUAAUGUGGUUGCCACGUCACUUGUUAGGCUCCAUCGUAGUCAUAAUCGAUCUCUUUCAGCUCAAUUUGAAGGUGGUGGUGAUGGAUUUAAAUCAAGGGAUGUUUCUUCUUCUUCUUCUUCUGUUGUUUUAGAUGGUGUGGAUCAAUCCUCACCUCAACCCCAUUUGAGAUCUUUUGCUUUAGAAUCUGAAGAUUUAAAGAGUCAGGUUAAGGAAGAUGAUUCUCAAGUUAUGAAAACUAAGUAUCAGAAACCACUACCUGUAAGUCAGGAACAAACCGCGAUGCCACGGAGUAAAAGGGAUGAAAUUCGGGGUGGUAAUGAGAGUACAAAGUUGAAUUUUUCUGGUAAAAAACAGGUUUUGGAGAGCCAGGAUAAUGGCCGUGUAACCGCGCCUUUGGAGCAGAAUCAUAGAGUAAGGCAGACUAAAGGAAAUCAGGAGAUGCAUGAUGAGCUGAAAUUGAAGGCAGAUGAGCUUGAAAAGCUUUUUGCUGAGCAUAAACUUAGGGUACCUGGGGACCAAUCUGGUAGUGCACGGAGAAUCGAGCCUGUUGAUGCACGUGUGGAACAGGCUGUUAACUCGCAGCCUAGAAAACCUGGAGUUGGGGAUUCAACUCCUUUGAUGCCUUCCAGAAUCUGUGUGUCUGAACCGGCAGCGAGUUCUGGCAUUAAAUCGGUUACGAAGAUGGUGGAUAGUCCCAAUUAUGGUGAUGCUCUUAGGCAAAAUUUCUCGGAGAUUAACUUUGGUGAUGAAUCUAGAGGAAAGUUUUAUGAAAAGUAUAUGAAGAAGAGGAAUGCUAAACUUCAGGAAGAAUGGAGUUUGAAUAGAUCAGAGAAGGAAGCUAGGAUGAAGGCAAUGCAGGAUAGUCUCGAGCGGAGUAGGGCUGAGAUGAAAGCUAAGUUUUCAGGUUCGAUAAACAGACAAAAUUCGGCAGGAGGUUCUCAGCGCACUGAGAAGUAUGGAUACAUCAAAUCAAAUAUUAAGAGAGAACAGCAUCCUAUAGAUUCUCUUCAAAAUGAAGAGGAUGAAGAUCUUUCUGAAUUUUCGGAAGAAAAAAUUUAUGGCUCUUCAAAGCAAAGUAGGAAAGUUUUUCCUAACAGGAAUGUGUCUUCAGGUACACCUCGCACGACAGUAGUUUCAAUGUCACGUUCAUCUGGCAGACGAAGAGAGAAUCCUCUUGCUCAAUCUGUUCCAAAUUUUUCUGAUUUAAGAAAAGAAAAUACAAAGCCUUCUUCUGGAGUCAGUAAACCAACUCGCUCUCAGGUGAGAAACUAUGCUCGUAGCAAAAGCAAUCAUGAAGAGGGGCCAGGUAUCAAGGAAGAGAAGCUAAGGCUAACUCAGUCUUUACGGAAGAGUUCUGCCAACCCUGCAGAGUUUAAGGAUUUGUCCUCGUUGAACUCAGAUGAGAUUGUUUUGACUCCGUUGAAAUUUGAUUUGGACGAGACUGAUUUGGGUCCUUAUGAUCAAUCAUCAAGGUCUUUCCUUAAAAAUGGUAAUACCACAGGCCCUGGUUUUGUAGGCAAUGCUAUUAUAGAAGAUUCAUUGCAUAUGGCCAUGGAGGUACAAGAUGAAAUUGGAAGUAUGGCCAUUGAAGACUGUGCUUAUAAUAAUAAUGGAAAGGUGAGCCUGAGCCAGGAAUCUGUGAAAUCAGGUAAUUCUGGGUCUGAAAUCGGUGAUUCUACAAGGUCUCUUGCUCAGGUUGACCCUAUUUCAGGUGGUGAAACGCCUAAUGCAUUUCCAUCAACUUUCAACGGUGUAGGAUCUCUUCAGGACUCUCCAGUUGGAAGUCCUGUGUCCUGGAACUCACGUGUGCCUCAUCCUUUUUCUUACCCGCACGAGUCUUCUGACAUUGAUGCUUCUAUGGAUUCUCCAAUUGGAAGCCCUGCAGCUUGGAAUUCUCAUUCCCUUAUUGAGGGUGAUAAUGAUGCCGCUCGAAUGAGGAAAAAGUGGGGCAGUGCACAAAAGCCUUUUAUUGUUGCUAAUUCAUCCCAAAAUCAACCCCGCAAAGACGUCACAAAAGGUUUUAAGAAAUUCCUAAAGUUUGGGAGAAAAACUCGCGGGUCAGAGACUUUGGCUGAUUGGAUUUCUGCUACCACUUCUGAAGGAGAUGAUGAUAUGGAAGAUGGUCGAGAUCUGGCCAACCGGUCAUCGGAAGACUUGAGGAAAUCGAGAAUGGGAUUCUCUCAUGGUCAUCCUUCUGAUGAUAGCUUCAAUGAAAGUGAGCUGUUCAAUGAACAUGUUCAAUCCAUGCAAAGCUCUAUUCCUGCACCUCCCGCUCAUUUUAAACUGAGGGAUGAUCAUAUAUCGGGAAGUUCGUUAAAAGCUCCCAAAUCAUUCUUUUCGCUCUCAACUUUCCGAAGCAAAGGCAGCGACUCAAAACCCAGAUGAAAUUUCACCGAGUGGAAAAGCGGCAAGUGAUUUGAUUCACAUCUUCAAUGAUGGUAUUAGGGUGUAAAGGACAAAAUAUUAAGUAUGAUAUACAAAAGAGAGGUAGACAUGGUACAGUGAUCUAUAUUGAAAGAUACAUACUAUGGGGUAAUGUAUAUUUUCUUGGAUUCAUGAGGUUUUCCCCCUAUGAUUUAGUUAGUCAUGGUUGUGUUGAAAUAUGCUGCAUACUGUAUUCAAUGACGAAUCACCUGCUGGUGCAAUGUCUUUGUAAUUUUGGCGGUAGUGGCAUUCUUUUACGCGUUUACUUUGAUUUAAUUGUGUGAUGAUGUAUAUCAGAGUUGAACUCUUUGUUAGUCCAGUAUAGUCGUCAGAGUUAAGAUGAGUAAUGUGAUUGAGGAGUAAAAUAAUAGCUUUUCAAAAGAUUAUCUCUUCUCAAUGGACAAAUAAGAAAUAUUGGAAUCUCUUGCAACUUCAGUGUUAUUCUUUUGCUGAAGGACCCAUCAAUGUACUCUUGGAUGUAUAAACUCAGCUAUUAAUUUUCAAUUUCAUGAUAGUCUCAUUUUUUAAGUUUAA